UCGACUGCGCGCAUCAUGGAGCACUCCCUUGUUGCUGAGCAUGGAGCAGAUGAGGAGUGCUUCAAGGGCAAGGGCGGUUUCAAAGCCCUCCCUUUCAUCUUCUCAAAUGAGAUGCUGGAGAAGGUUGCAGGAUUCGGGCUCAACACAAACAUGAUCACGUACCUGACCAAGCAGUACCACCUGAGCAACGUCACCUCCCAAACGAUGCUCUUCGUGUGGGGUGCACUAUCAAAUUUCGCGCCCAUUUCCGGUGCCCUGGUAGCCGAUAUGUACCUGGGCCGGUUCAUGGCCGUCGCGUUAGGCUCCGUCGCGUGCCUAAUUGGCAUCGUCUUCCUAUGGCUGAGCGCCACGAUACCUGGAGCGCGGCCGCCUCCGUGCAACGGCGAGCAAUGUGCGCCGCCGGGGGCGAGGCACCUUGCGUGGCUGCUCGCCGGCUUCGCGUUCCUGUCCAUCGGCGCCGGCGGCGUCCGGCCGUGCUCGAUGGCGUUCGGGGCGGACCAGUUCUCCAGGCACCCCAAGGAGAGGCGGGCCAGGAUCCUGCAGGCCUACUUCAACGCCUACUACGCGUCGAUCGGCGUGGCCUUCGCGGUCGCCGUCACGGUCAUCGUGUACGUGCAGGACAACGUCGGGUGGAGCGUCGGGUUUGCCGUCCCGAUGGGCCUCAUGCUGCUCUCCACGGUGAGCUUCCUCCUCGGCUCGGGGCUUUACAUCAAGGAGAAGGGCGACAAGCAGAUGUUGUCCGGGAUAGGCGACGCCGUCGUGGCGGCGAUCAAGAACUACGGGGCGAGGUUGCCGGCGAAGACCGACGACGGCGUGUACCAUCACCUCAAGGACUGCAAACUCACUGUCCCCACAGACCAUCUGAGGUUCUUGAACAAGGCGUGCAUGAUCCGCGGCACCAAGGAGGAGGACGCGCCCGGCAACGGCGCGGACGCGUCGGCCUCGGAGCGGCACGGGAACAAGGGGAAGAGGCUGUGCACGGUGGACCAGGUGGAGCAGCUGAAGUCGGCGAUCCGCGUCCUGCCGAUCUGGUCGUCCACCAUUUUCCUCGCCCUAGCAAUGAACCAGAGCUUCGCCGUGAAGCAGGCCGACAAUAUGGACCGGCGCGUCGGCGCGGGCAGGUUCAACGUUCCCAGCGGCUCCCUCUCCCUGUUCAACAUGGUCACCAUGUCGCUGUGGUCGGCCAGCUACGACAAGUGGAUCGCGCCGGCGCUGCGGCGGUACACGGGCAACCCGCGCGGGCUCACCAUGAAGCAGCGCAUCGGCGGGGGCCUCCUCCUCGCCACCGCGGCGACGGCGGUGUCCGCCAUGGUGGAGGGAGCGCGGCGGCGGCUGGCGCUGCGCGGGGUCACCAUGUCGGCGCUCUGGCUCGUGCCGCAGUUUGCGCUCGUGGGGCUCGCCGAGGCAUUCGGCGUAAUCGGGGAGAUCGAGUUCUUCUACACCGAGCUGCCCAAGAGCAUGGCCAGCUUCAGCAUGUCGCUGCUCAACAUGGCCCUGGGCAUGGGCAACCUGGCCGGCGCCCUCAUUGUGAAGAUGGUCCAGGUGGCGAGCAGACGCGGAGGAAAGACGAGCUGGCUAGUGGACGACUUGAACGCCGGGCACUACGACUACUAUUACUGGCUGCUCACGGGCUAUGGCGCGGUGAACUUCGUGUACUUCGCUUGGUGCGGCUGGGUGUACGGCGAGGAGGGGAAGAACGUCGAGUGGGAAAAGGAGGGUGACAGAGAGCAGCCUAUGGUGUAG